UUUUUGUUUAGCCCAAACGGAUACUUUGUUUUCUUUUCUAAAUGAGUUUUUAAAUGCGUUACUUUUACUUAAUUAGUUGAACUGCGUACUACAAUUAUGCGUAUUUUGUGUAGCUUUUAAAUAAAUAAGCAGUGUAGUGUUAUGAUAAUGUUUGAAGUGGAAAUAUGAGAUUGCUGUCGUGGUGAAUAACACCCUUGUAAAUUUAUUAGUAGUAUUGCGAAAUAGACAUAAUACAAGCAUCAGGGAUGGGGAUUAUGUAUGAAAAGAGGCCGCUGAAGAGGCCACGGCUUGGGCCUCCCGAUGUAUACCCUCAGGAGCCCCGCCAAAAAGAGGAUGAGCUAACAUCAACGAAUGUAAAACAUGGCUUUUCCACAACACCACAGUCUAGCGAUGAGUUUGGUACUGCUAGGAAUUUUAAUUAUUCAGCAUCGAAGAUAGGGCAAUUCUUUUCAAGUAUACUUUCUAAAAAAGAAGAAUUAAACACACUACCUGAUUGUGGAAGGAAAAGGCAGCAGGUUAACCCUAAGGACAAUUUCUGGCCUGCCACUGCUCGCACCAAGCCCCAAAUUGAAGCCUGGUUCAAGGAUUUAGCAGGAAGCAAACCGCUAUCUCAAUUGGCAAAAAAGGCACCAAACUUCAAUAAGAAGGAAGAGAUCUUUAUAACCCUGACAGAGUACCAGGUGUCUAUGCCCAGAGCCGCCUGGUUCAUCAAGCUUAGUUCUGCAUACACUGUAGCUGUUUCAGAAGCUAAGAUCAAGAAGAGACAGUUACCUGAUCCUACCACUGAGUGGACCACAACAUUGAUCAAGUUCCUCAAGGAUCAAAUACCGAAACUAGCUGAACACUACCAAAAUGCAAUCCCCGGCAAUGUGUCGGAUAAAACACCACCUUCACAAUCUGGCCAAGGUACUCCCAGCCACAACUCGUCUGGCAAUCCACCAGGUAGCUCUACGCCCAACUCCACAGCUUCCAACUCCAUGCACUCACCUGGAAAUUCUAGUACUCUCGGUUCAGGCACGCCUGGUCCAAGUGAGAGUACGGACUGGCGACAGGCAUUGAAACUGUGGAACUACUGCUGCCGCCUCGCCAAGUACUUGUUGGAUGAGGGGCUACUGGACAGGCACGACUUCCUCACCUGGAUCAUUGAGCUGCUAGACAAGAGAGCGCCUGAUGAUGGACUGUUGAGAUUAUUCUUACCUCUUGCGUUACAACAAAUGAGCGAGUUCGUGUGCUGUGAGAGUCUCUCCCGGCGGCUCGCGACCUCCUGCGCUAAGAAGGCAGCGGCCAUUUGCUCAGUACUCUCUGAUACUACACUGAGAACUCUUAACCAACCAGCUGUGUUCACUAAAACUGUUGAUAAGAAUGCAGAAACAAAUGGGGCGCCAAUGUCGCCAACGACGGAAACGACAGCAGAUGUCAAGCCAAAUAUAUCGCAAAUCAAAAGGGAACCAACUCCCGUGGAAAACCAGGGCACGCCAAAUCCAAAUCACUCUUUGGGCACUCCUAAUCCCAGCCAUUCCUUAGGCACACCCAACCCGAAUCAUUCCCUGGGUACGCCAAACCCUACUCAGCCGAUGGACGUACAAGUUAAAGAGGAAAGGGCCUCUCCUGCUAGGGAGACGAAGCCUGCUUUAGCUGCUGUAGUUACCGCUGCCAUGAAUCCGGUUCAAGCUGGUUUCGGAGAGAUACUCAACUGUUGUUACCACAGAGAUGUUAUUAUACAACUCGCUACUAUUCUACAGGUGAUCUGCAUAGAGUGCCCAACGGCCAUGGUAUGGUCGGGCUGUGGUUCCUCCCUACAAGGGUCGCCACUAGACCUGUUACCCAUACCACCAUCAGCGUUACCCAUGCCUCACAUGGACACUGACGUUACCGAGGAGCAUAGAAAAUUAGUCUAUGAGGCGGAACAAGAAAUCUCAGCUAGGAGCAAAAAGGCUGAAAGUAAAUGGUGCACAGAUAAGUGGCAGACUAGCUCACAAGCUAGAGUAUUGGCGGUAUUAGAAGCGUUAGACAGGCACUGCUUCGACAGAGUAGAUCCUAAUAAUAAUUUAGACACACUGUAUAAGGAAGUGUUUGCAAAUUGUCCUCCGCCCUCAAAGGAUAACAGUGAUACGAAGGAUCCAGAAUGGGCGUGUCCGUAUUCAGUGGUGCGUGUGAUAUGUGAAUGGGCAGUGUGUGGAGCUCGUUGGGGAGAACAUCGCGCUCAGGCCGCCGCCGCAUUAUUGGACCGGAGACAGCAUCAUACUCUCCAUCACCACCACGAUCACCACGCGACGGGAUCUGAUGAUAAAGAAUCAGUGAGCUCUGGCACUGGCAUGUACAAUGGCCCUCCUAUAUUCCAGAACUUACUACUACGCUUCUUAGAUAAUGAUGCUCCAGUACUAGACGAGAGCCCCAACGCCCCACCAGGCAAUAGGCAGCAGUUUGCCAACUUAGUACAUUUGUUUGGGGAGCUCAUACGUCGUGAUGUGUUUUCCCAUGAUGCAUACAUGUGCACGCUAAUCUCUCGAGGUGAUUUAAUAUCUCCGACGGAACCGACCUCGACUGGCGGCAGUAAUCACACAGUGGCGCCCCCUUCCAACAGUACCAGUACUCACAAUAUGGAUGAUGAUAUCUUUGCUGGUAUUGAUCUGAAGCCGAAAAUGGAGGAAAACGUCCGAAUGGACCUGGACGACUCGAAGAUAGAUGAUGACCUGGACAAGCUGCUCCAGCAUAUCAAGGAAGACCAGCAGAACUCGAUGGACGCGCCCGACAGUCCCAAGGACCCCGGAGAACCUUCACACAGUACGUGUUACAGCGUGAACUCUCCAAUGAUGGGGCCGGGCGGCAUGAGUAUACCCGGCAUUCCUUCCAUGAGCAUGGGGCCCAUGUCUGUACCAGGUAUCCGCACGUCGAGCGCGGCGGGGUCGAGCGGGUGCGCGGGGGGGGCGGCCGUGUCGCGCCACUACCACUACACGCUGCACUUCCCGCUGCCGCCCGCAGAGCCCGACCACACGCCGCACGACGCCAACCAGCGACACAUACUGCUCUAUGGGGUCGGCAGAGCCAGGGACGAAGCUAAACAUGCUGUUAAGAAGAUGACUAAAGAAAUAUGUAAAUUAUUCUCCAAGAAGUUUUCAAUCGACGUAGCAGAAGGCGGAAAAAUAAAGAAACAUUCGCGUAAUGAAUUCAACUUCGAAGCAGUUACGCAAAAAUUUCAGGCAAUGUCAAUGUACGAGCAGGGCGCAGUAUCGUGGGCAGUAGGUAGUGCGGUAUGCGAGGCUCUCGCGGCGUACGCGGCCGGCGCCACUACGUACUUACCGCAACCUGAACACGUUGCCUUCGCACUCGAUCUCAUGGAGAUUGCACUCAACGUGCAUGGACUCAUUGAGACUUGUAUACAGAUCCUGAAAGAGCUAUCAGAGGUGGAGAGCGCCCUAAUAUCUCGCGGUGCGCCCAGUAGUGGUCUAGCGGCGCCGCGCGCCUAUACCUCCGCGCUAGCUCUAUACACCGUCGGCGCCCUCAGAAAGUACCACUCGUCGUUGCUAUUAUGCGUAGAACAAACAUCAGCUGUAUUCGAGCAACUAUGUCGGCUGGUGAAGUGCGUGGUGAACCCCGGGGACUGCGGGUCUGCAGAGCGCUGUGUCCUGGCGCAGCUACACGACUUGUAUAAGGCCGCGGCACAUCUCUGUCACGCGCCGCAUGCCGAUACCUUCGCUAAUGCAUACCCUAAGAUCAAACAAGCUCUCUAUUCUCCGCUGCAACCGACACCAUCCAACUACAUGUACAAUCCUCAGUUUUUGAGCGAAUUCUUUACAAACCCAAGGAAAGGUAAAAUAGAGAUCGCUUGGGCGCGUCAAGUAGCCGAGUCUCCCGCGAAUAGGUACAGCUUUGUAUGCUCUGCCAUGCUCGCUGUUUGCAGGGAAGUGGACAAUGAUCGUGUGAACGAGCUGGGCGUGGUGUGCGCGGAGAUGACGGCGUGGUGCGCGGCGCUGGCGGCGGAGUGGCUGGGCGCGCUGGUGGCGCUGUGCGGCGCGCAGCACUACCCCGGCGCGGCGCCGCCGCCGCUCUACCCCGACCUGCUGCUACACAGGGACCUGCACGACGCCGCCGCGCACGACGCGCUCGCUGUCUUCACCUGUAUUCUUGUCGCGCGACACUGUUUUUCAUUAGAAGACUUCGUCCGUCACGUGGCGCUACCGUCGCUGCUGAAGGCGUGCGGCAGUGGUGGGAAUACUGUGAACGCACCGAACGCUCCCUCGCCUGACACCGGCGCUAGAUUGACUUGCCAUCUACUACUUAGGCUGUUCAAAACUGUUGAUACUCCGCAACCAGGUCUGUACUCAGUAUCAACGUCUCCGGGCCCGGGCGGCGCGGCGGCGGGCGUCCGUCUGUCGUGCGACCGUCACCUGCUGGCCGCCGCGCACAAGAACAUCGGCGUCGGACCCGUACUAGCCACGCUUAAAGCUAUACUCAUGGUCGGUGAUGCAACCGCUCGAGACGGUGGCUCAGCAGGCGGGAAGAAAUCGUGUGAACUGUCGCACAUACUAGGUACUAGCGACACGGUACCCACAGACGCACAACUAGACCUUAUGUCGAUGGUAGAUUCAGAGAUGAGUGGGGGCCAUAGAACUCCUAGGGGUAGCGGUGGCGUGGGUUCCACUCUCCUGGACUCCUCGCAGUCACUCUCGUCGCUAGCACGAAGGGUUCUGGCUGAGAUAUGCUCUGAAGAAUGGGUAUUACAGAAAUGCCUUCAAAACCCUGAUGAAUUAUACCAGCCAGAUAUGUUGUUGGAUCCUAUGUUGACUUCAAGACAGGCACAAAGAUUGCUCCACAUGAUCUGCUACCCUGAGUCAGCAAGCCACACUCAUCCGGACCUUGACCAGAAGACUAUGAUUACGAGGCUCUUAGAGAACCUGGAACAAUGGUCGCUACGUAUGUCAUGGCUGGACUUGCAGCUGAUGUUCAAGCAGUUCCCGACCGGGUCGUCUGAGCUGAGCGCGUGGUUGGACACCGUGGCGCGCGCCGUCAUCAACGUCUUCCAACAACCCGCGCCACCACCGCCUGAUAAAGAUAGGACGGGCACGGACCGCGGCGUGGUGAGUACGAGCAAGUGGUCGGAGUCAGUGUGGCUGGUGGCGCCGCUCGUGGCCAAGCUGCCCGCCGCUGUACAGGGGCGCGUGCUCAAACAGGCCGGACAGAUUCUGGAGAGUGGUUGGGGCGCGGGAUGUAGCGGAAACUGUUCUAGCGGAGGCGGUGGUGGAGGCAGCUCUCACAGAGACUGCAAGAGCCACCAAAGUCCCAGCUAUAAAGGGUCCGCAGGCGGCGGCAGUGGCGGCAAGCGCGGCGUGUCGGGCGGAGCGUGCGGCGGGGGCUGCGGCUGCGGCGCCGCCGCCGCCGUCCGACUGGCCAACGAGCCGCUACUGUCGCUCGUACUCACCUGUCUCCGCCACCAGGACGAUCAGAAGGAGAGCCUCCUAAGCUCAAUCCACGCUCAGCUCCAACACUACGUGACACACGCAUGCGCGGACAGUUGGCAGGACGACGCGGCACCGGACGCUUUACUGCUGCGAUUCUCCCUCGCUGGAGGAAUGUUCGACGCCAUCCGACGAUCAUACCAACUGACUGCAGACUGGGCCGUACUACUUACACAACUGGUCGCCCACCAACUCAUCGAUGCUUAUAAUAACAGUUUGUGUCGCAGCAACCUGUUCUCCACUCUAAUCGACAUGCUUGCCACUCUGAUACACUCCACCCUGGCCGACGGAGGGGACGACAACAAUAGGAAACAUUACCAGAAUCUCAUGAAGAAAUUGAAGAAGGAAAUCGGUGAUCGCCACGGUCCGUCCGUGCAGUGCGUGAGGCAACUACUACCUCUCUCCAAGAAUACUAUCAUUGAAGUCAUCGCGUGCGAACCCAUCGGAUGUCUCGUCGACCAGAAAGGGAACAAGAUCACUGGAUUCGAUAGUGAUAAGAAACAGGGUCUCCGUCUGACGGACAAGCAGCGCGUGUCGAGCUGGGAGCUGGUGGAAGGGGGGCGGAACCCCGCGCCACUGUCCUGGGCCUGGUUCGCCGCCACCAAGAUCGAGAGGAAGCCACUCACUUAUGAAAAUGCUCACAGACUCUUGAAGUAUCACACUCACAGCCUGGUGAAGCCGCUGAGUUACUAUCUAGAGCCCUUGCCGCUGCCGCCUGAAGAUCUUGAAACAAAUGAUAGCAAACAGGAUAAUGGUAGUCUAGAUUCGAGUCCGACUGGCGCCGGGAAGGCGAGGUCACGCAACGCUCCGUGCAAGAAUAUCAAGAAAUCCAAACCUACUACGCCGACAAACGGAGUGGGCGCGACGGGCGCGGCGGGCGGCGGCGUGGCCCCCGCGCCGGCGCAGCAGCCACAGUUCAUGCAACAACAACAACAGUGGUUCCCGCCGCCGGGCCCGGGACAGAACUACUACAACCCACCUGCUGGCGUCAGUCCCCGCAGUGUGUCCGCGGCGCCGCCAUCCAACAACCAGUCCAAGCAGGCACUCAGUAACAUGCUACGACAGCGAGUGCCAUUCAACCAAAUGACGCAGAUGCAGCAAAGCGGUGGCUACCCAGGCGCCCCCCACGCGCGCGCUCCGUUCCCGCGACAGACCAUGCGACAGUUGCAACCCAACCAGAUGGGAGCCAUGCAGUCCGCUCAAAUGAAUCCAAUGGGUGGAAUGGGCGGUAUGGGUCCAAUGGGGCAAAUGGGUGGAGUACAAAUGCCGGGUCAGAUGGGCGGUGGGCAGAUGGCAGCCGGACAGAUGAGCGCGGGACAGAUGGGCGCCGGACAGAUGGCGGGCGGGCAGAUGGGGGGCAUGGGAGGACAAAUGUUUGGUGGACAGUACGGUGGUAUGCAACAGGGUUAUGGAGGGUAUGGACAGCAGAUGAUGCAGGGUGGACAACAGCAAAUGAUGAAUCAGGGUAUGGGCCAAAGCGUGAAUCAAAUGGGCCAACAAGUCAACCCUAUGAGUCAAGGAGUCAACUCCAUCGGUCAGAACGUAGGUCAAAUGAACCAGGGCGUCGGUCAGCCAACACAGAUGCCUCAGUCUAUGAGCCAGAUGAGUCAAAGUAUGGGACAAAUGGGCCAGCCUAUGGGACAGAUGGGACAAAUGGGACAGGGUGGCGGUAUGUCCGCUAUGAACAGCCAAGGCGGGUCUAUGGGACCGCAAGGUGGCAACUCCAUGGGUGGAUUCCCUGGACAACAAACAUUCCAACAGAACAUGAUGGGUGGCCGCACAAGUCAAGAAGCAUACCUGGCGCAACAGAGACAGAGUGCUCGACCGCCUUACAUGCAGCAAGCGCCGAACGUAACAAUGGGCGGUAUGGGCGGUCCUGCCCCGCCAUAUCCACGCGGCAUGCAGAGCCAACAGAACACACAGUACCAACAAAUGAACCAACAACGCAUGCGCCAACAGAUGCUCGCCAUGCAACAACAACAACAACAACAAGGGCCUCUCGUCCAGCAUCUGCAGAGACAACAAUACCAGCCCCCCUACUAGUCUACUGAACACCCAGAUUAUCAAUUCUAUCUUUCACUUAGGAAUAGGAACAUCAACCAAUUGUAAUGAAAUCUAUAAGCCUCGUGUUACACUUACUUAUGAAGUAAGUUCUAAAUUCGUUCUCUAAAAUAAUUUAUUCUUCUCUAAACUUUGAGUCUGCCCUCGUUUAUCUGUGGCUUUCACUUGCCGAAUACUUUUUGUUUACAGAAAUCAGUAGAUUUCUACUUUUUACAUAUUGUCAGUUCUGUUCUGACGUCACAAUAUAUCGUCGAGGCGGUCCUAUUCUUAUUUGAAACGCAAAGUACCAAAUAUUCAUCUAAAGUUAUACUAGUGGGGAUUAUACCAAGACUAUACAUGUAUAUUUAUUUUAUAAUAAGUUAUAAACAUUAUCCAUGUUGUAUAAAAUAUUUGUGUAGGUAAGUGUACCCAUACCAGGAUUCUUUUUAACAGUUGGUUUGGAAUUGUAAACAGUGUUACAAUCUUUGUAACGGUUAAGUUACCUAAUUUAUUAAAUGUAACAUCUGUAGUCUUGAUCUAAAGAUAUGUAGCAGUAUUUUUCACUAUUGAACAUCAAUGUGACGGCCUUUGCAUGUGACAUUUUUGAACACCUAUGCUUUUGUCACACUAUCUUCACUUUUGUAUCUAAAUGCAUAGGUGCGAGAAUUAUGUGCAUGCCUCCUAAUACCGCGUUAAAAAACGUCAUAUGAAAAGGCCGUCAAGUACUGUAUUCUGAACUGUCUGACUGUUGGACAAAUAAGGACCAAAUACAUAAGGGUUUGUUGUAAUUUCAUUGAAAGUCUUAGCCCGAAUUCCUAAAACGUAAAGUCGAAAAUUGCAUGUUUUUAGUCAUCAUUUUUCUAAGAUUUUGUAGUUGGUGGACCAAAAAUAAAAGUGGCAACCAAUCACAGCAUUUAACGUAAGAAUCGACAAAUAAAUUGUUUUCAAAAAAAAUAUCUUAUUCAGAUCUCUUUUACAAUUGUAAAGAAUGAAGUAAUUCCAAGUAUCUGGCAUGUCUGUACAUUCAAACCAACUAGAAAUGUGAUAUGCCGUCCAUACACGAUAAUGGAAACGGCAAAAAGUAAAAUUUAUAUUGUUAGGCUAUUGGCUAACUACUAGAGCUACACUAUAGUUAUCAGAUACAAGCUUCUUCGUAUUUAUUAGUGUUAGACAUCCGAAAUUGAUUUAACACUGCAGCUUACUCUAAUAACUGUACGCUGUACAGUUACGGGAGGAGGAAUUGUUGAGAAAUUAUAGAUGUAGUCAUUACCAGUAAAGUCUAUGUAAUAUUAUAACGCCCGUGCAUGAUUAUAGUGGCAUCACUAUAUAAUCUAUGCAAAUAAAAUAAUUUAAGUAGACACAUUUUGAUUUCACCAAAGAAAUUGCGUAAAAAACAUUCAUUUACUUUACUUUUCUGAAACUAAAGUGUAGUUCUAUAACUUCUAGCAUAAUAAAUACAUAUUUUCAUAGACGAACACAGGACGAGUAUGACGAGAAACGUUUUAAUAUUUUAUGAAUUAUAUCAAUCGAAUUAUAGGAAACAAUACAAUUGUAUUUAUUUUUUAUUAAUUAUAAUUGAAUGGUCUUAAUUUAUGAGUUCCUAAGUUUGUUAUUAUAUUUUUUUAAUAUUUGUCCGUACGGAAUCGGGUUUUGUAUAAUUUAAUCAAGGAUCUAUGAUUAUGUAUGCUACUAAGAAAAUUGGAUGUACCUUUUUUACUACAUUCUAGUACAAUUAUAUCAACUCACAACCAUGAGUUGAUGUGUAAAUAAUUUGUCAUUUAUGUUACUUAUUAUAAGGAUAAUUUAGAUGAUAA